CAUCGAGUGCAGAUCGCGCGCCGGUUCUGGAGUGAUUUUUUGUCAAAAAAACGUCAAAAUGCCCCCGAAAAAGGCGCAAAAGGGCAGAAAUGGUUUCUGGUACUUCAUGCAGGAUUUCAAGAAGACCCAGGAGCAUCACGGGCGAGUAUUUCCCGGAGGCUUCAAGGAUAUCCAGGCUGAUCCAGAGUGUUCCAAAGCGUGGAAGAAAUUAUCAGAAGACGAGAAGAAUCGCUACAACACAAUGGCAGACAAAGAAAAAGGGCAGCCGAGGUUGACGGGCUGGGGUGAGCCAAUUUCUCUCGUCCUGGAGAGACAGAGGAAGCACCAGGAGUUCGGGGCGAUCAUGAAGGCCGACAUCGACGAGACAAUUCGCCUGGCCCAAGCCUGCGACAACAUUCCUGACCUCACAGUCUACUUCAUCCAUGUGAACUACUCCUACUGCAAAGAUCGCCCUGACACUACAGUCGACUACAUCCCCAUAGAGUUCGCAAUCUGCCAAUUUUCAAUUGCUGAUGGGAUCAAGAAUGUUUAUCAUGAGAUUGUAAAAGUCAAAGUGGAGCUUGGUUUUGCUAGAGUCGCCAUAGAGCACGCAGACAACACUCACAAGAUUCCAGAGAAUUAUGAACAGGGGGAGGACGACUACAAGAAGAUGUACGAGAAAUUUCGAGGCUUUCUCAAGCCCAUGGAGGACCAGACUGGCAAACUGCCACCGAUUUACACUCGUCAGAAGUUCGUCACGACUGUCACUUGCUUUCUGGACAGACUCACAGCUGGAGGGGAUGUUCCGGAUGACACCUUUACUCUGUACUCCCUGGAGUGCCUCUUUGGAAAGCUAAUGGUCCUGUGUAACCCCGAGGUCGAUCGUUUCUGCAACCCAAUUCUCCUGGCCGAAUCAGAAUUCGAGAAGGAUUCAUUCGCCUAUUUCCCAAAUCUUGAGUGCGAGUAUCACCAGAAGAUUGAAGGUACAUCCAUCCAUUGUUCGUUCUCAAUAAUUCGACAGUGGGCCUUCGUCAUUUGUGAUUACUGCUGCAAUUGGUUCGGAGUGGAGAUGCUCCCUAACAUCCAUCGUCCUGAUAUUCCUUCCACCGAGGAUGAGGAAGUCAACUUCCUGGCAACGAGCAUUGCCUCCAUCAGAGUGGAGAAAGAGUUCAAACCCAGUAAUCUCAAGUCAAUGACAGGAGUGAGUGAGGCUUACAGGUACGAAAAAGCGGGGAGAACUGCGAGGGAGGAGGCACAGAGGAGGAAGGAUGCUUUUCUGAACCCUCUGGAGAUCAUCGAUCACAGCAAGCCAGUGGACAAGAGCUUAAAAUACUUCAGACCCCUGAGGCCACCGAAUACAGUGAUGGGACAUGGUGAAGUACCUCCUCAGGUCGUUACGCAGACGAAGCCAAGGACGGGAAGAGGCCGUGGAGGAAUUGCCUACGAUUAGUUCGAUCUUCCAGAGUUUCUGAAGGUCUUCUCGCCGUUCUUCACGUCUCCAUGGGCUCCACCAGCCUAAAAUUCUGGAGAACUUCAUUCAUAACUUUGGACUAAAGGACUUUGGAGGAAACUUUUAGAGAUACUAUUUUUUUGUUUGACAUUGUUUAUUCGAUAAACAGUGAACGUUUUUUGAAUCUAUUUAGGACUUCGAUGUAUGGAAUCGUGAUGAAUCAUGAGAAUAGGAGUUUCAUAAUGAGGGAUACUAAUUAGAAAAAAACAUGAAAGAUUAGAAAAUGAGAAACAGGUUUUUCAUAUUAUUUUUUAUUACAAUCCGAUUAUUAAUCGAUCUUCGUCGUUUUUCAUGUCUUUUCGUGGGAUUGUAUACUUUCUUUCUUAUUUUACUUUCUCGAGGAUAAUUCGAUUAUCAAUAAUCGAUGUACUUCUUUUAUUUGAGUAUUUUGGAUAAAACAUGGAUUAAUUAAAGAUGAGUAUUUAUGGGAUUACAGUUGAGAGUUCUUGGAGAUUAUUGAUGACUUAUAGAAGUCUCGAUGAAUCAUGAGAAUAAGAGUUUCACUAAUAGGAAUAGAAAUAAAAGAGAAUUUGAAGAAGGGAUGAUUAGAGAUAGAUUCUCAAUCAAUUAUUUAUCAAUAGACUCAAAGAUGAGACUGAUUACUGAUGUAAUUAUGGUACAACAUAUGUAAUCACAAAUGAACUUUGUAAUAUCGAUUAAUAAGAU